CCUCUCCUCGCUUUUACCGUAGCGCACACUGGAUUGAACCAUUAGGACAACCGGACUAUUAGGGCUCUGGAAAAAGGGUCGGGAAAAGCAGAAUUCGCUAUUUUCUUUUCAUUUGAAGACUACAUUUUUCAGUAAGGACCCGUUGACAGCAGAGCCAGGAUGGAUGCUAACGGCAUAUUCUCACUUCUGUUGCUGUGUUCUGUCACUGAGCUGUGCGUGUUGGCGAGCCCUGAGGGGAAUGAUUCCCAGCAGCACCAUACCCAGAACGUCUACCACGACAUCGGUGUUACCAGGAACACCAUAGUCACUGCUCAGUUUGAGUGCUAUCAGAAGAUCAUGAAAAACGACAAACACAACAAAAUAGGGCCAGUUUGUAACAGGACGUGGGAUGGCUGGCUGUGCUGGGAGGACACAGAGGCAGGCUUCACUACAAACCAACACUGUCCAGACUACUUCCAAGACUUUGACACAGCAGAAAUGGCGUCCAAAGUGUGCAGUGAAACGGGUAAUUGGUUUCUACACCCGGAGAGCAACAGGACAUGGACAAACUACACCAAAUGUACGGCAUACACCAGUGCAGGAAGAGUGACAGCGAUGAAUCUCUACUACCUGGUUCUGAUUGGACAUGGACUGUCGCUGACGUCAUUGUUCUUCUCAUUGGGAAUAUUUUUCCAUUUCAAGAGUCUAAGCUGCCAGAGGAUAACGCUCCACAAAAACCUAUUUUUUUCAUUUGUGUUGAACUCGGUCAUCACCAUCAUCUGGUUGACAGCGGUGGCUAACAACCAGGGACUAGUGCAGAGCAACCCUGUGAGCUGUAAGGUGAUCAUGUUUAUUCACCUGUACCUGUUUGGCUGUAACUACUUCUGGAUGCUGUGUGAGGGCAUCUACCUGCACACACUCAUCGUCGUGGCUGUGUUCGCCGAGAAACAACACCUCAUGUGGUACUACCUGCUUGGAUGGGGAUUUCCACUCAUACCUGCAUUGAUACAUGCAAUAGCACGAAGCUACUACUACAAUGAUAAUUGUUGGAUCAGCUCCAACACUUCCCUCCUCUACAUUAUCCAUGGUCCCAUCUGUGCUGCCCUGCUGGUGAAUCUGUUCUUCCUGUUAAACAUUGUGCGUGUCCUCAUCACCAAACUGAAGGUGACCCAUCAAGCUGAAUCUAGCCUCUACAUGAAGGCUGUGAGAGCCACCCUGAUCCUAGUCCCUCUCCUGGGCAUCCAGUUUGUCUUGUUCCCCUACAAACCCCAGGGACGCUUCGCCUUGGAGAUCUACGACUAUAUUAUGAACAUCCUCAUGCACUACCAGGGUCUCCUGGUUGCCACCAUCUUCUGCUUCUUCAAUGGGGAGGUAAGACUUCAGCGGGAUAUUACGUCAUUCUGAACUAACUCUCCGUCAGAAAGCUGAGCUGAUGCAACCAUAAUGACUUUGAUAAGGUGUCGCGUUGAAAGCUGAUGCAACCAUAAUGACUUUGAUAAGGUGUCGCGUUGAAAGCUGAUGCAACCAUAAUGACUUUGAUAAGGUGUCACGUUGAAAGCUGAUGCAACCAUAAUGACUUUGAUAAGGUGUCGCGUUGAAAGCUGAUGCAACCAUAAUGACUUUGAUAAGGUGUCACGUUGAAAGCUGAUGCAACCAUAAUGACUUUGAUAAGGUGUCACGUUGAAAGCUGAUGCAACCAUAAUGACUUUGAUAAGGUGUCACGUUGAAAGCUGAUGCAACCAUAAUGACUUUGAUAAGGUGUCGCGUUGAAAGCUGAUGCAACCAUAAUGACUUUGAUAAGGUGUCACGUUGAAAGCUGAUGCAACCAUAAUGACUUUGAUAAGGUGUCGCGUUGAAAGCUGAUGCAACCAUAAUGACUUUGAUAAGGUGUCGCGUUGAAAGCUGAUGCAACCAUAAUGACUUUGAUAAGGUGU